CACCGGAUGGUACCCGCAUCGCGUCUGGUUCAAAUGAUAACACCGUGUGGCUUAUGAAAGUCCUGCCAUUUCCCGAGUCCACAGAGCCAGAUCCCUCUGCAUCCCCACCGCAUCAAAGUGCCGCAUCUCUCACUCAAGAAAGUCGUAUCACCCCAAUCAACACUUAUGACCAUCCCCCCAUUUCCUUCUCGCCCUGCCUGAAACACGCCUUGCCCAACUCUGCUGACUUGCUCGAACCCACCUCUGAUCAUCAUUCUAAUUCAACCCCUUUCUUGCUGCAGCCCGAUGGAUGGAUCAUGGGACCCAAACAUCAGCUUCUUUUCUGGGUACCUCCCGGGGCCGCUUCCCGACACUUGUUUUAUUCUCCCGACAUUGCAUUGGUGAUCCCGAGAGGAGGCGUUGAGCUUGAUUUGAGCUCCAUGGCACAUGGGACGCGCUGGUCGAGUUGCCGAGACGCGUGA